AUGGGUCAACUUGUUUCUCAAUGUCUUUUCUUCAAUGCCGCCAAUCUCACCAAGUCCGGCGCCCUCGAUGAGCUCCGUGUCUACACCUCUCUUGACUCUCCAGACAUCAUCUGUAUCUGUGAAACCUUCGCACACUCCGAUAUAUCCUCCGCGGAGCUCUCCUUAAAUGGAAACUACACUGUCUUUCGCCGUGACAGGACACACUCCACCGGAGGUGGUGUUUGUAUCCUACUCCGCAUCUCUCUCGCCUGCAAAAUCGUCGGCAUCUCGUCCUCCUCCGAAGUUCUGGCGGUUGACGUGUUCCUCGACGAUUCCCCUCUCCGCAUCAUUUGUGCCUACUCGACCCCAUCCGGAUCAUCCGUGGAACUUCGCGACGGGGUCUCGAUGCUCUGCGCCUCGCUCGAGAAACUGCUGAUCGUCGAGUGGCCAAGCAUCAUCGUUGGAGACUUCAACCUCCCCCGCAUCGAUUGGAAAAACCUUCAACACCCGGGUUCCUCAAAUAGGGAUCAGAUUUUUCUCGACUUCUGCAUCCUCAAUGGCCUCCACCAACUUGUUGAUCUCCCGACUCGACCGGCAUCUGGAAAUCUUCUUGAUCUCCUACUUACGAAUCACCCCGACAUCGUUGUUGGCGUUCAGAUCCUUCCAGCCCCUAUCAGGAGCGAUCAUCUCGCAAUCUCCUUCCUCGUCGACCUCUGUGCCUCUCAUGUCACUGCGGCGCCUCUCCCCGACUUCCGGAAGGGUCGUUAUGACCUCAUCGCUGAGUCCCUCUCCGAGCUAAACUGGGGACGCUCCACGGAGACGCAGCUACUGGACGUCAUCCAGAGCUGGGGCGUGGCUCUCUCGACAGGACGCAAUGUUCACUGCGUUUACUUCGACUUUACUAAGGCCUUCGAUCGGGUGCAUCACGGUCGUCUCCUCUCCAAACUCUCUGCCCUGGGUGUUCGUCAAUCCAUCGUGGACUGGAUCCGUGCCUACCUCUCUGACAGACAAUUCAUUGUCAAAGUCAAAAAUUCCUUCUCCCCCCCGCCCCCAGUCCCUGUGGCGUACCACAAGGAUCCAUAUUGGGCCCACUUCUCUGGUCGGUGUAUGUCCUAG